GCCGGUUCAAGUUCAACGGCGUCACUGAUCGAAGGGGGUGACACGUUUAAAUGAGGAAACUGAAAGAAAUGCAAAAUCCAGACCCGUCUUCUCUGUCCGAGGAACCAAAUUCAAAGUUUGCUGAGGCAACAAGGAGAGAUUCUCUUUCACAGCCAGCGUUUAAUCAUUUGUGAAGACUUUGGUGUUCGAACUUACAAAUUUCUCUCGGGAAUUUGGGUCCUCUUGGACGCGGGUUGUCUGUUUCUUGUUCAAGAUAGGUAUGAAGAGCUCUAUGAAGUUGAGAUUGGAUCCAUAUCUGUCGAAUUUGAUCGCCCACUGAAACCUUGAUUUAGGGUUUCUGUUGUUUUUUGCGCAUCCCGGGAUUUGGUGCCCCUUUGAGCUGAGACUUAAAACAGCAUGGCGAGGAUCAAACCUCAAGCUCUGCUACAACAAAGCAAAAAGAAGAAGGGUCCUAGUGGCAUCAGUAUCACAACAGUUGUUUUUUACGGCUUGAUUGUGGUUUUCAUGGUGUUUUUCUUGGUUCCUACAUACAGACAUUGGUCUCAGAGUCACAGGUCAAGAGUCCUAAUGGAGAACGAUGUAUCAGUUCUUGAGGAUGAAGAGCAUGAAAAUGCUUUUGCAGAUGCAAAGAACUCUGAUAUCCCUAAAUAUGCUAUUUUAGAUACUUCAAAAGGCUCUAUAACAGUGGAGUUAUACAAGGAAGGCUCCCCUAAGGCUGUUAUUGAUUUCGUUGACUCAUGUCGGAGAGGGCACUUCAAGGGGAUGCUCUUUCACCAUGUAAUAAAGAACUUUGUGAUCCGAGGAGGUAGAUCUGAUAGACCUGGGGUAACUGAAGAUUGGACUUUGAGAGAAAAGCAUAACAGCCUACUUGAUACAAGUAUGAAGCAUGAGGCUUUUAUGCUUGGCACUUCAAAGACAAAACAUGAUAAAGAGGGAUUUGAGCUUUUUAUUACAACUGCACCAAUCCCGGAUCUAAAUGAGAAGCUGAUUGUGUUUGGGAGGGUCGUCAAAGGAGAGGAUGUUGUUCAGGAAAUUGAAGAGGUGGAUACUGAUGAACAUUAUCGGCCCAAGUCUCCCGUAACUAUUAUAGGUGUCACAUUAAAGCAUAAGGUUUAAAGGACACAAAUUUAAAGCUUUUAUCGACUGCAUGAAUUCCCUACCAGAAAUUAUUAAGUGUU